AUGUUAGUCCCUCCAGAUAGCUUCGGUUUAGUGGAACCAGGAAUCUAUCGAUGUUCCAAACUAGAAACUGACAAUUUCCCCUUUUUACAAACCCUAAAAUUAAAAUCCAUAAUUAUAUUAGAUGCUGAAAAACCUCCUCGUAGUUUACAGACUUUUUUAGAUGAUAAUAAUAAUAAAAUUGAGUUAUUCAAUCUUGGUCUGAUGAAUAUUUCCAAUCAUCAUCGACAUGCAUCGACUAGUGGCUCGACACCAACCACACAUAGGAAUAAGACGGAUGGAGAAGAGUUGGGGGAAGGGGGAGAGAUGGAGGUGGGGGAUGUUAUGUUGGUUGAACAAGGGAUGACUGGUUCUCCGGUCUUGAAAGCGAAGACUUCUGGGAAGAUGUUGGAUGUUAUAAGUUUGAAUAAACGAGAUAAGGCUGAUCAAUGGAUGGUGAUUGAGAAGAAUAUAAUUGCAAAAGCGAUUGAAUUGAUAUUGAAUAAGAAUAAACAUCCAGCAUUAGUGGUUGAUUCUACUUCUACAUUAGUAGGGAUAUUGAGAAAGAUUCAAAAAUGGAAUUUUAAUUCUAUAUUGAAUGAAUAUAGGAUUUAUUCCGGGAUAAGUUCUGGAUCUAAUAAAUCAAAUAAUUAUAAUGCUGAAACUUUUUUAGAAUUGAUACAAAUUGAAUUAAUCCCUUAUGAAAUUGACCAACUCAAUAAUAUGAAACAGAAACAUCAAGAAUCAAUCGACCCCCAUCAUCUUCUCCAGCCCUCAAACACCCGACGCGAUUCCAAUCACAACCAUAACCAUCAUCAUCAUCAUCACCAUCAACAUCGCUCCUCCCCUUUCUUGAAAUCCCCACCUGAUCAGAGUAAUAACGACGACGAAUUUCUCGACCAUCAAAGCAAUAUCAGCGACAUGGACGACCUCGAUGACGACCUCCUAUCCGCCUCCCCCCAAAUCCCCGCCAAUCUCCUCAAAUUGGUCGAACAGCGAAGUAGCAGAGAUAAAUCAGGCACCCUGCUUGAUCUGGAUAAUGAAAUGAUGAUGUCGAUAACUCCAGGAACGUCGCCGCAGUUGAAUCGAUCGAGUAGAAAUAAUAGUUUUAGUAAUAAUUAUAAUGAACAAUAUUUGCGGGGGCUGGUUGAUAGUAGGAGGAGGUCAUAUGAUUGGAAAGCCAGUGGAGGGGGGAGUGGAGGGGGGAAGAGUAAUAAGUUCAGACCGGUGCUGGGGUUUUCUCCAAUGCAACAACCCGGAAGAUCAUCAUAUGAAGGUAGUAGUGGAUCAUUCGGGGGACCAAUUAUGAGAAGAAGGGAUAGUAAAGAUAGAUUAGAAUUUGGUGUAGGUGGAGGGGGAGGGGAUGAAAUUAGAAAACAAUUUGAUUAUAAAUAUUAUAAAAACCUAAAUAAGAAUCCAAUUAUGUUUGAGAAUGUAAGUGUUAUGAAAUUAAGAAUUCCUAUAGAAGGGAAAUUACCUGAUUGGUUUAUUAAAGGAAGAAAUUAUUGGGAAAAGAAUUAUAGGUUAUUAAAUCAAUAG